AGGCGCGCCCCCGCGCCGGGCCCGGCCGGCAGAGGGCGGGGUCGCUCACCAGUCCGCAGCUCGUGCUUGACAGUGAGGAGCUGCUCUCCUCCGUCGCCGCCGUCCGCGCUGGUCCCCGCGGCGCCACCGCUGCUGCCACCCUCCUCCUCCAUCUUCUCCUUUUUUCCGAUCCCGCGGGUCGCUACGAGGGGAACCCAGGAGACAGCGAACGCCCGUCCCCUCGCAGCCGCUGCCGCGGCCCCAGGAGCCGGGGUGCGGCGGCUCCAGAACUCGGACGCAAAGACGAGUCUCUUUCCCGCUCUGGCCGCACGGCUCGCUCCUCGCCUCCUCCCCCUUCGGCGGGCACCGCUAGUACCGCGCAACCAAACCGCCCCCUGCUCCACCGCCGCCUCCUCAGGCCGCUCCGCCCACAGCCAGCAAGGUCUCGCUUUGUUGCUCAGGCUGGAGUGCAGGGGCAAGAACAUGACUUACUGCAGCCUCAACCUCCCUGGCUCAAGUGAGCCUCCUGCCUCACCCUCCCAAGAGCCAAGUUACACCCUGUUUAACCCUGCCUUCAAAGGGACGACUCUGUAAGAUUCCCUGCUACUUAUUCAAGGUGACACGAUGCCCUUCACACUCCACCUGAGGUCCCGCCUUCCCUCUGCCAUAAGGAGUUUGAUUCGACAAAAGAAACCAAACAUCAGAAAUACAUCCAGCAUGGCUGGAGAGCUCCGACCAGCCAGCCUGGUGGUCAUGCCCAGGUCCCUUGCUCCAGCUUUUGAAAGAUUCUGCCAGGCCAACACUGGUCCUCUGCCCCUGCUGGGCCAGAGUGAGCCAGAAAAGUGGAUGCUGCCCGCUCAAGAUGCUAUCUCAGAGACCAGGAUGGGCCAUCCUCAGUUCUGGAAAUACGAGUUCGGUGCCUGCACCGGCAGCCUGGCUUCGCUGGAGCAGUACUCGGAGCAGCUGAAGGACAUGGUGGCCUUCCUCCUGGGCUGCAGCUUCUCCCUGGAGGAGGCCUUGGAGAAAGCGGGGCUCCCCAGAAGAGACCCAGCAGGUCACAGCCAGGCAGGUGCAUACAAGACAACAGUGCCUUGUGCUACCCAUGCUGGCUUCUGCUGCCCUCUGGUGGUCACGAUGAGGCCCAUUCCCAAGGACAAGCUGGAAAGGCUGGUGCGGGCCUGCUGCUCCCUUGGGGGUGAGCGGGGGCAACCUGUUCAUAUUGGCGACCCAGAACUGUUGGGAAUCAAAGAGCUUUCCAAACCUGCCUACGGGGAUGCCAUGGUGUGUCCCCCAGGGGAGGUUCCAGUGUUCUGGCCUUCUCUGCUGACCAGUCUCGGAGCUGUCAGCAGCUGUGAGACCCCACUGGCUUUUGCCAGCAUCCCAGGCUGCACAGUUAUGACUGACCUGAAGGAUGCAAAGGCUCCAGCUGGUUGUCUCACCCCAGAGAGAAUUCCAGAGGUCCAUCACAUUUCCCAAGAUUCUCUGCACUACAGCAUCGCAUCAGUCUCUGCUUCUCAGAAGAUCAGAGAGCUAGAGUCUAUGAUCAGCAUAGACCCAGGGAACCGGGGGAUUGGGCACCUGCUCUGUAAAGAUGAGCUGCUGAAGGCCUCUCUCUCACUGUCCCAUGCCCGCUCAGUGCUCAUCACCACUGGGUUCCCCACGCAUUUCAAUCAUGAGCCUCCGGAAGAGACAGACGGCCCACCAGGAGCUGUUGCUCUGGCCACCUUCCUGCAGGCCUUGGAGAAGGAGGUCGCCAUAAUCGUUGACCAGAGAGCCUGGAACUUGCACCAGAAGAUUGUCGAAGAUGCUGUUGAGCAAGGUGUUCUGAAGAUGCAGAUCCCAAUAUUAACUUACCAAGGUGGAUCAGUGGAAGCUGCUCAGGCAUUCCUGUGCAAAAAUGGGGACCCGCAGACACCUAGAUUUGACCACCUGGUGGCCAUAGAGCGUGCCGGAAGGGCUGCCGAUGGCAAUUACUACAACGCAAGGAAGAUGAACAUCAAGCACUUGGUUGACCCCAUUGACGAUCUUUUUCUUGCUGCGAAGAAGAUUCCUGGAAUCUCAUCAACUGGAGUCGGUGAUGGAGGCAACGAGCUUGGGAUGGGUAAAGUCAAGGAGGCUGUGAGGAGGCACAUACGGCACGGGGAUGUCAUCGCAUGCGACGUGGAGGCUGACUUUGCCGUCAUUGCUGGUGUUUCUAACUGGGGAGGCUAUGCCCUGGCCUGUGCGCUCUACAUCCUGUACUCAUGUGCUGUCCACAGUCAGUACCUGAGGAAAGCAGUCGGACCCUCCAGGGCACCUAGAGAUCAGGCCUGGACGCAGGCCCUCCCGUCGGUCAUUAAGGAAGAAAAAAUGCUGGGCAUCUUGGUGCAGCACAAAGUCCGGAGUGGUGUCUCGGGCAUCGUGGGCAUGGAGGUAGAUGGAUUGCCCUUCCACAACACCCACGCCGAGAUGAUUCAGAAGCUGGUGGACGUCACCAUGGCGCAGGUGUAACCAUCCAUGUUCCGUGUGAGCAGAGUCCCUACCAAUGGGCAGGUCUGCAUCCGGGAAGAAUGCAGCUGUUUGUGGAGACAAUCCUGCUAGUAAACACUGGUCUUUGGUGAGCAACGAACACUCACCUGGCCUGGGAAACUGUAUGCCCACUUUCUGGGAGGGGUUAGUGCAGGUGCCGUGGACAAAGGACAACAUUUCUCUGGGGCUUUUUAACUUUUAUUCCUAAGACUCUAAAGGCAUUGAUUUCAACCCUCCUUCACGCUGGCUUCUUCAGGCCACCCACGGUCUCCUGUGAGAAUCUUCUCGACAGUUACUUAUGGAGACACUUGUUAGCAAUUAACUGCCAGGCAGAGCAUGAGAACAAACAUUCCCAGGCCAUGUAGGAUACUCCAGACUCCAAUCAUCCUUCCUCAUCCGUGGUUUAUGUUACUCAUGGUCUCAGUUACUCAUGGCCAACUGCAGACCGAAAAUACUAAGUGAAAAAUUUCGGAAAUAAACAACUCCUAAGUUUUAAA